AUGGCCGAACGCCAAAAGAUUGUCUACCACGCCAAGCUUGCUGAACAGGAUGAACUAUACGCCGAUGUGGUGGAUUCCAUGAAGAAAGCAGCAAAACUUGAUCCUAAUUUUACAGCUGAGGAGCGGGACUUGCUCAGUAUAGGGUGCAAGAAUAUGAUCGCUGAGAAGAGAAAAUCGUGGAGAGUCCUUUCAUCAAUGGAACAGAAGGAUGAAGAGAAAGGGAAUGGAGCUAACGUAAAGAGGAUGGCAGAGUCUAGACGAAAACUUGAAUCUGAGAUCACAAAUUUCUGCAAUGAUAUCGUCACAUUGAUUGAUGAGUAUUUACUCCCUUUUGCUUCUGGGUUUGAAUCAUCUGUGUUUUACUAUAAGAUGAAGGGAGAUUUUUAUAGAUAUGUAGCAGAAAUCAAGAUUGGCGAUGAGGAGAAGGAGGCUGCUGAUCAUUCAAUGGAAGCAUAUGAGACAGGUUUUAAGGUUGCAAAGGCUAAUUUGGCUCCUACAAAUCUAGUCAGAUUGAAUUUGGCAUUGAAUUUCGCAGUGUUCUAUUAUGCGAUCUUGAAUUUGCCUGAAAGGGCAUGUUGCCUCGCACAACAAGCUUGUGAUGAAGCCAAACCAGGACUUGAAAGAUCAAAUGAGCAAUCCUGCAAACAUAGCAUCUCAACAUUAAAGCUUCUUGAGUCCAACAUCAAGCUUUGGACUUCUUAG